AUGGCAAAUAUAACAUCUGAGAACAAAGUGGUCGUAUUGACCGUAAACCUGUGGAAACUUGUAAAGGGAUGCUCCCAGAAGAGGUGGGCAGACUGUGCAGUCAGAAACUUGAAGAAACUCAUUAAGAAACAAUUCCGCACUGAAAUGGAUGUCAAGAUAGAUAUGGACCUCAACAAAGCCAUCUGGGCCAGAGGAAAGAAGAAUCUUCCCACUAGAAUUAGAGUGGAAAUAGGAAAGAGACCAUCCUUCAAGGACAACGCAAAGACAGAAAUGUUCGUCAAGCACGUGCACGUUCCUGAGUUCAAGGGACUGCAGACAGAAAGCUUCGUUGCACAGAUGGACCAAUAA